AUGCUGACGUACUCUGGAGCAGACGGGAUUCCGGGACCGCUGUCGGUAAGGAGGCCGCGAUGGCAACAGGCGUACUGCGUGAGAGUCACCCCGGUGGCCACAACAAACGCGCGGGUGACACUUGGCUACGGACCUCACGAAUCCAGCGGAGUUGUACAACACGGGCCCUUCCGCCUGCAGGGUCUCCAGCGUAGUGUGUCUGCGGCCGCUCCGGCAGCGCGCGGGCACCGGCGCGUCCUGGAAGAGGUGCGCGACCGGAACACGGUGGAGCUCGCGGUCAACGGGGAGCUCGUCUUCACAUGUCAGUGUGGAGAUGGGAAACUGGACCGUGUUUGCAAUAAGGCUUUUGCUGCUGUAGAGGACGCUUACUGA